GACUUAAUUUUUAAAACGUAAAAAUAAUAUAAAAAAUCCCCCGGAGCGAAGAGCGUUGGUUUGGUCGUCCCUAUGGCAGUGGCACCGCGUUUUUUCAUCUCUGUUCAACCCCGUUUACCAGUCGCUUCCAUUCCAUCGUUUCACUGUCUUUUAUCAUCCUUUCCUCUCUUCUUAUCAUCGUCACAACAGCUUCAUCGCCUAAUUCUCCAUGCAUCAGAUUUUCCAUAACAACCUAACCAACGCCAUGGACUCCAAGAAGCUUCGAAGAAAACCUAAGCUCGACCGUCGUAAUGCUCUCAAGUACUUCGAUUACGACGCUGGAUCGUCUUCUUCUUCGUCCGAUGAUUCUUCUGGUUCGCUCUAUACACGUUCUAUGGAGUUGUAUGAUCGUACUAGCUUCCGAAUUGAAGGGGCUGAAGGUGAGCUUGAUCGGAUUUGUAAGAGUUUGGGACUUUCUGGACCGGAGGAUUUUGCUAUUCCGGCGGCUGCUUGGGAGGCUAUGAAGGUUCGGUACUCUACGGAUAGUCUAUCGAGUUUGAAGCUUGAAGAGGUCGAUUUUCAGGAGAAGGUGAAUGAGGUGAGAGAAUCAGAAGAGGAAGGUGGAUUGAAUAAGAAAUGUGAACACAGUGUUAGGGAUAGUGAUAGGGUUACAGAUGAGGUUGUUGAGACUGUUCUUGUUGCUGCUAGUGAUGGUGAUGGUCGUGGGGGUAUCAGUGGAAUUCAUCCGGCAAUGAUUAAGGUGCCGGAAUUGGCUCCGAUAAGGGAAGGGGAAGAAGGGAUUUUGAACGGGGAAGUGGUGGAGAAAGAAGGUGAGGAAGUUGGUAUUGGUACAGGUAUAGGUAGGGUAAGUUUGAAGAGGGAAGAGGAAGAGGGGGUGGUGGAUAAUACGGAUAGGAUUGCUGAGAUUGUUGUUGGCCUUUCGGAAUCAUCUUUGUUUAGUACUACUUCCAACGAAGAUGGUUCAUCUAGGACUGCCAUGGAACCUUGCUCCAAUCAUGUGUCUCCUAACGGGAGAAUUAAGCGUAUUAUUACCCCUGGAUGCUGGCAAAAGGGUCAGUUUUUGGGUGGAGGUUCGUUUGGAUCUGUCUAUGAAGGAAUUUCUGACGAUGGAUUCUUUUUUGCUGUUAAAGAAGUUUCAUUGCUUGAUCAAGGAGAUCAGGGAAAACAAAGUGUCUAUCAGCUGGAGCAGGAAAUUGCACUUUUGAGUCGUUUUGAACAUGAUAAUAUAGUUCAAUACUAUGGCACUGAAAUGGAUAAAUCCAAGCUGCAUAUCUUUAUUGAGCUUGUAACCAAGGGUUCUCUUAGAAGCCUCUAUCAGAGGUAUACUCUCCGAGAUUCCCUAGUAUCUGCCUAUACAAGACAGAUUCUGCAUGGUUUGAAGUAUCUUCACGAUCAAAAUGUGGUUCACAGGGAUAUCAAAUGUGCAAAUAUAUUGGUGCAUGCAAGUGGAUCUGUCAAACUUGCAGAUUUUGGGUUAGCAAAGGCAACCAAAUUGAAUGAUGUUAAAUCAUGCAAAGGGACAGCAUUCUGGAUGGCCCCUGAGGUUGUGAAAGGAAAGAACAAAGGUUAUGGGCUACCAGCUGAUGUUUGGAGUCUGGGAUGCACUGUGCUGGAGAUGCUAACGGGACAAAUUCCUUACUCCAAUUUGGAAUGUAUGCAGGCAAUAUUUAAAAUUGGAAAAGGUGUGCUACCUCCUAUUCCUGAUACUCUUUCAAGAGAUGCAAAAGAUUUUAUCAUGCAGUGCCUUCAAGUUAAUCCUGAUGAUCGUCCUACUGCUGCUCAACUCUUAAACCAUCCGUUUCUCCAUAGGCCACUUUCACAGUCUUCAUCUCCUUACAUUCAUGGCAGAAGGGGUUAAACAUUGUCAUCUUCAACCAUGAAACAUAAUGAAGCAAUUGUUACUUUGCUCGUGUUGUGGCAUUCAGAGUUUGCUUGCUUGUUUACGACUCAAGUAGAUUUUUAGACGCUGCUUCUGCUCAAAUGAUAUGAAGCACCACAGAACCAAGCUAUCAACUCGGCAAAGUGCUUAUGGAUACUUGUAUGAUUUGUUCAUUUGUAGCAACGACAACAUAUCAACGUCAAGCUGAAAAAAGUUACCCCACCUUUCCCUCUAAUGAGAGCUAAAGUAUGAAAAAUCUACCGGGCUUAGCUUUAGGGACAAUAGUAGCAAGAAAUGGAUAACCAUUCUUGUUGUACAUAUUUAACAGUAUGCCAUUUUUUGUGUAUAUAUUACAAAGUCAUGUUUUUUACAUUUUUCUUGUUUGAAUCCAUGUUUAGUGUUUCUCAUUUGGUUGAAUAUAAUGAAUUGUUCGAUUCAUAAUUUCAUAUAACUGACUGAUGCAGCAAGGAAGAUUUCUAUUGGUUUUAUGAGUUGUUUCUGUGUAGUGCUUUAUCAGUUCUCCGAAACCUCCCGGUCUGCUGGAAUUCUGUUUAUAUCACCAA